AGUGAUGAAAGCACAACCAAAGGCGAAGGAAGUCCUGCUAUCUUAUGUUUUAAACAGCAAUGUGAAAGCACAACUGAAAGCGAAGGAAGUCCUUCUAUCUUAUGUUUUAAACAGCAAUGCAGAAAACCGGCCCCUGCCCCUAGCAAGGUAAACAAAACAAUCUAUUUUGACUGCCUAACCGCUGAAAGUGUUUCGAACAGAACUUUUAUAUUAGUAGUAUUUAUUAUUAAUCUAUUAAUAAUGAAAUUUUACAAAUUUCAACCAGAAAAUGGCACUGAAAUUUGAAUCCUGGGAGGAAGAGGUAUACAACCCUGGUGUUCCUGUUCUUCCUCGUGGUCUUGGAGUCAACAGGUUUACCAACCUGAAGUCAGAGGUAAGUUUCAGAUGAUCUUUAUGUAUAUAUGGAGUUUCCAUUUAGUCAGUUUAAAUCUGUAAACAGGGCCGUGCUAAGUGGUAUCUGAUUUGAGGGGGGGGGGAGAGCUGAAUUAAAUUGGGCCCCCUUCCUCUCGGGGACCCUUCACAAAAAAAAUUCCGAGAAGCAAAUAUUUUUCCCUAAAAUGUUUUCCAAACACAAGUUUUCGAUGAUGGGGACUUAAAAAUACUUUUUCAGCCAUUUUUCGACCUCAAUGAUUUCAGAAAAUUCCUUAAUAUUUAACACAAUCCGCAAUUCCAGCAUCCCGGGGGUCCCAGGGCAAGUUGGGCCCCCUUUUUUACUUUUCUUUGGGGAUGUUACACCCCCCCCCCCAACACACCCCAAUAGUUCUGGCCCUGUCUGUAAAUGGCAUAGUAUUCGUGGAGAUACGUUCAUUGUUUGUUACCUAUACAUGUACAAUGUAUGUGUACUGGUGUAUCUAAUUUAAUGUUAUGUUUAGAAAAAAAUCACAACGCCACCUCCUGAGCUGGUAACAGUGAUUUCAAGUGAUGAUGACAAUGACGUUCAAGUAGGUUUGUUAUUAUUUCGCUUUGAUGAAACUAUACUAUUGGAAUUUAGUUCUGGAAUGCAUUAUUGAUUCUCUUUGUUUUACUCUAUAAUGUAUUCUAUGUUCGUUCUGAUUCUCUAUAGGAAGCGGUAAACUUCAGCCACAUUACGCGGUACACGGAUAG